GUUUGAACGUAGGCAACUUUUUAAACUCUUUGCUGACAUCGACAACCGACUAUCUCAUAACUUCCCAACAAAAGUUAUAAAAACACACACUUUGUAAAUAAAUAAACAUGUCUGGAAUAGAUCGGGUUCGAAUAAUGGUCCUCGGAGAUUCAGGAGUUGGUAAAACAUCCUUUGUACACAUGGCUGCAAACAAUGAACCAAUUAAAACUCCUGGCUGGACAGUAGGUUGUUCUGUAGAAGUAAAACUUCAUGAAUACAAGGAAGGCACACCAGGACAAGUCACCUAUUUUGUAGAAUUGUGGGAUGUUGGUGGCUCAUCUAACCAUCACAAUACAAGACCAGUGUUUUACACUCCUUGCCAUGGUGUCAUAUUGGUGCAUGACCUCACCAAUCGCAAAUCAGAAGAAAACCUAGGUAAAUGGUUGUAUGAGAUUGCCAAUAAAGAUACCUACAAGGACAGGGAUGUCAGUCUUCUCUCCAUGCAAAGUUUUGAUGAUGCUGACCCAGAGAACUUCCUUGGAAGCAUCCAAAUUCCAAUUUUGGUAAUUGGAACCAAAUUGGAUCAAGUUGAUGACAAGAAAUGUGUGAAUAGGACCAGCAAACUAGGAAAUCAAUUCGAUGCUGAAGAGAUUCUCCUAGAUUGCAGACAGACAAGAUAUUUAGCUGCAGGCACAACAAAUGCUGUGAAACUAAGUAGAUUUUAUGAUAGAGUUAUAGAAAAACAGUAUUACACUAGAAAUUCUGUACCGUCAUAUAGUGAUAGGUAUAAUUCACUCUCACCAAACUUACCGCCUCGAUUCUAUGCAACUUCUCAUCAAGAUUGAAUAAAAUAAAAAUUUAAAUCAUGAA